CCCAAUGCGGACCCGCCUGGUGGUUCCGCCCCCUCCGAGCAGCCGGGACCGAGAGGCUGCGGAUCCAGCCCCCCCAUGAAGGGAGAGCCCCCCCCCAGCAGCACCUUGAGCGUGGGCCAGGCCCGGAAAAUGGUGGAGCAGCUCAAGAUCGAGGCCUCCCUGUGCCGGGUCAAGGUGUCCAAGGCGGCGGCGGAGCUGCUCAGUUACUGCGAGGCCCACGCGUGCGAGGACCCCCUGCUGACCCCCGUGCCCACCUCGGAGAACCCCUUCCGGGAGAAGAAAUUCUUCUGUGCCCUCCUUUAGGACCCCCCCCCAAAAAUCUGGAACCUCCCCACAAAAAUUUGGGACCCCACACACGCACUUAGAGCCCCCCCACACACACUUUGGGGGCUUUUUUACCCUGAAAAUGAGGGAGAAAAGGGGGGUUGGGGCCCCCCCUCUGCCGGGUCAGGGAUCCCCACACACGUAAAAUGGGGACCCCCCCGACCCCCCCAAAUCACCAGGAGUCCCAGUGAAGGGUUGGGUUGGGCACAGCUCUGGAAUGGGGGGCUUUGGGGGGGGGGUUGGGGGGAUUUUGGGGGUGUUCCCCUCCCCCAAAAGGUUUCAGUGGUGGGCUCAGGGAAGGUUCCCACGGCUUUGGGGGAGGAGGGGGGAAGAGGUGGCCCCCCCAGCCCCCCAAAAAUCACCCCGUGACCCCCCCGACCCCCCCAUCACACUUCAGACACCUCCCCCCCAAAAUGGAGAAACCCCCCCAAAUUCCCUCCCAGCCCCCCAGUUCUGCCCCCCCCCCCCCCAAAAUAGGGAUCUCUUAAAUCUCCCCAAACCCCCAUCCCACCUCCCCUGACCUCCCUAAAUUUUGGGGGACCCCCCCAGACCCUCCUCCAGCUCCGUAGACCCCCCUAUAACCCCUGGGGGGGGGGUAAAAUUAGAGGGGGUCCCCCAAUUUUGGGAGGUCCCCGCUGUGUCCCCCCCCCAAUAAACACGUUGGUGGCACAGA